AUGCCGCCUGGCCCUCCGCCUGCCUCCACAGCAGCAGCAGCAGCAGCAGCAGCAGCAGCAGCGGAAGGCGCAGCAGCGGGCGCAGCCGAGGCUGCAGCUGCGCCUCCCGCUGCUGCUCCCGCCCCAGCGCCUGCUGCUGCGGCUCCUCCUGCUGCAGCGCCUGCUGCUGCGGCUCCUCCUGCUGCAGCGCCUGCUGCUGCAGCUCCUGCUGCAGCAGCAGCAGCAGCAGCACGGCCCUCGCGGGAUGUCCGCGGCAGCAGCACCCCGGCCCCCAGCGCCAGUGCUGGCAUUCAGCUCCACAGUUUGCAAAAGGGGCCCCCAGGGCACGGGGGGGCCCCCUCAGGGGCCCCCCAAGCCUCUCAGCAGCAGCAGCAGCAGCAGCAGCAGCAGCAGCAGCAGCAGCAGCAGGUUGUGUCGGGGGAGGGAGCUGGGGUAUCUUGUCCCGGGGUUGGCGGGGGCAGCAGCAGCGGGCCGGGGGCGGAGGCGGCCUCCUCCUCCUCCGCAGCAGCUGCAGCAGCAGCAGCAGCAGCAGCAGCAGCAGCAGGGGCGCGCGGGCGCGGGGGCUACGCGGAGGCGCUGUACCGGCAGCAGCAGCAGCAGCAGCAGCAGCAGCAGCAGCUGUGCACGACAGUGGACCGCACAGACUCCAGACCUCCUGGAGAAUUCAUCAGAAGACAUGGAUUUAGUAAACCUUUUCAAGUUUAUCAAGUUGCUUCUUGGUUUUUAUUUGCUGCUGACUUGCUGCUGUUCUACUUGGUGGUGGUUCCUGCGGUGUCUGUACACCUCAAGGCGCGGAUAAAUCAUCAAUGA